CAGACCACCGCUUUCUUCGAUUACCCAUCCUUGGGACGGAACCCAGGCCACCCAUUCAUCAACCAUCGAUAAACGUAUCUAUUAUCACCACUACCACACUCGCCAUUAUACCCAACGAACCACCCCCAAGGUCUCCCCGACGGACGGCCGCCCCCUCGUUUUCCUGUCAACUCGGCCUUCCCCCGGUCGAACCUGAGAUCUCGGACUCGAAUCCGCCUCUGCAAUCCUCGUCCCCUGACGACGCAAUAUACGCAGCCAGAGGGAUCCCGCACCCAUCCAGACCGCGUCCCCCAUCUCUUCCGCCGCGCGGCUACUCUCACUGGGACACCAUGGCCAGCCAAAGCCCUCAAAACGUCAUCCGCAGGAAACUGGUCAUCAUCGGCGACGGUGCUUGCGGCAAAACAUCUCUGCUGAGCGUCUUUACGCUCGGCUACUUCCCAUCACAUUACAUCCCGACAGUCUUCGAGAACUAUGUCACAGAUUGUAGAGUAGACGGCAAGUCCGUUCAGUUGGCGUUAUGGGAUACCGCUGGACAAGAAGACUACGACAGAUUGCGGCCGCUGGCAUAUUCUAGGGCUCAUGUCAUCCUCGUCGGCUUCUCGCUUGAUACUCCAGAUUCCCUUGACAACGUCAAGCACAAGUGGAUCGAGGAAGCCUCCCGCCUCCGCCCUAACGUCCCCAUCAUCCUCGUCGGCCUGAAGAAGGAUCUCCGGGAAGACCCCCUCGCCAUAGAGGAGAUGCGCAAGAAGUCGCUGCGCUUCGUCACGCCGCAAGAGGGAGAUGCCGUCGCUAAGGAGAUAGGAGCCCGCAAGUACCUCGAGUGCUCGAGCCUGAGCGGCGAGGGCGUCGACAAUGUCUUCGAGGCCGCCACACGCUCCGCUUUGCUCACCUUUGAGAGCGGCGAGAGCUGCGGCUGCUGCGUCAUACUGUGA